AAAGAGAGAGCACGAACAAAAUUGAUGAGCAGCAUGGCGGCAGGCGGCGGCGAGGGCGAAGACGAACUCGUCACCCCUGGGGAGCUGCUCGGCGACUCCAGCGGACUAAUCGCCGGCACGGGAGCCUAUGUCGCUCCCAACGGUCGCUCUAUCCGCGCUUCCCUUGCCGGCAUCCGCCGUAUAACCCCUCCCCAAUCUGAUGCUGCCGACCAGAGAUCGACCGUGGAAGUUGUCGGGCACAAGGCCCAGGGUGCUGUUCCACAGCCCGGUUCUGUGGUUAUUGCUCGAGUAACAAAAGUGAUGGCCCGUAUGGCAUCAGCUGAUAUAAUGUGUGUUGAGUCCAAAGCUGUGAGGGAAAAGUUUACUGGAAUAAUUAGGCAACAAGAUGUUCGUGCAACUGAAAUUGAUAAGGUGGACAUGUACCUCUCUUUUCAUCCUGGUGACAUCAUUCGAGCUCUUGUUCUUUCUCUUGGAGAUGCAAGGGCAUAUUACCUUUCUACUGCAAAGAAUGAACUGGGAGUAGUUUCUGCUCAAAGCAUAGCAGGUUCUACCAUGGUUCCAAUCAGUUGGACGGAGAUGCAAUGCCCAUUGACUGGCCAAGUUGAGAAGAGGAAAGUUGCAAAGGUUGAUUAGGCCUACUUCGGUGGUGAAAUUGCUAAACCACAACUUUUUUCUCAGAAAAAGUCCUUCAAUUUCCAACUCAAGCAACUUGCAAUAUGGAGAUCCUUACUCUAAUUGGCACUAUAAUUAGUGGAAUCACUGUUAAAGUUGUCCAACCCAGACUUUGAUAUAACUGCCUUACAUUUAUGUUCGCUGCCCUGUUAUAUUCAUGGUACCCGGCAGUUGUGAAACAAUCUGUCUCUGCCAUUAAAGCUACAACUUCUUUUCUCGAUGAAGGAAUAUGUACAGGUAUCUGAGGUUAGUUUACAAAGCGAGAAUACCUUAUUUUCUUUAGAUUAA